GUCAGGACCAACGUUGGUCAGGACCGCCAGGUAAAAGUGUUGGCCGCAUCACCAUCUCCAUCACCAUCGUCAGAGAAAAUGGCGACUUCCAGCGAUAUGCUGCCUCCAUCGGAGGUAACGGCCGGCGGCUACGAUCAGGAUAGGAAGCCGCGGCUCCAAGGCCAUGCUUUAUCGCCAGAAGAAGUAAGGGCCUUUCAAGAAUGCAGCAGUGAAAGCUUCAAGUACCGCGCCUUGCCACUAGGACUGGCUGCUGCUUUUGGAGUCCAGUAUGCCACCAAAGUUGGUUACCUCACACCGCAUCCCGUGUAUGGCCCCUACUUAAAGAUGAUUGGAGCUGCAUUUGUAGGAUGGCUGGUUGGCAAGGUCUCUUACCGCCGCCAAUGUGAGGAAAAGCUCAUGAAGCUUCCAAACAGCACCAUUGGGGAAGCCCUGAGACGAAAGCGUGGCAUCACUUCGCCUGAUGUAGUCUUGGGAUACCAGGCUGGAGACAAUGCUGCACGUGCUGCUCAAGACAAAUAUUCAGCAGACCUUAGCUCAAAGAGAUUGGACCUGCGUAGUUACAAUGCACCUCAAGGUUUUGAUGACAACCAGAGGCCAUCCAUGGACAACCCACAUGUCGGCGAGAUGCCAGAGAACCUCCCGCCAGCUAAGUACUCAACGGCGUCGUACGAAGAGCUGCGUCGACAAAACCGCGAGGAGUACGAGAGGCGCCUGUCAGCGCCACCACCAUCAUCGCAGCUACCGCCACUUGCCUUGUCACAGCCACCCCCAGCUGCUCCUUCGCAGCCAUCUGUGCAGCCUCCUUCACAAACGUUUGAAGAAAGGCCACAUAGGGGCUAUCCUUCCAGAAUCCCCAGCACCGGGUCAGCACCAUUGGGUGGCAGCACAGGCAAGAAGAACAAGUAUGGAGACGCUUGGGAAGAAUAGGGACUUUACUACCUCCUAGAAAACACUUGUCUUCAUGGUGAAAGGAAGAAUACAUAUAGUCUCCCAGCAGACAGCAUGGUUUAGCACGAAUAUAAGUAAAUAUGGAAUGUUCUCAA